UUCCCGCGCGUCUCUCCGCGGUGACGUCACUUCCAGCAACAACAGCAAACGUCAAACCUGCCAGGCAAAGAGACGGGGCGGUAGCAGCGGCUUUUCCUGCGUGCCAGAGGGGCCUUCCUGGUUCCCGCUGCCUAUCCCCGCUGCUUCGGACUGCACAGCCUCUUUCUGCCCGGCGAGGCUCACGCACCGAUUCGGGCCGAGGUCGUCGCGGCGGCGGUUGGGACUCGAUUUCGCACAGCAGGCUCACAGAUGGGUCAGGGACUUUGGAGAGUUGCUAGGAACCAGCAACUGCAACACCAAGGAUACAGCGAACAAGGUUAUCUUACCAGAGAACAUGGUAGAAGAAUAGCUACUAACAAUCUUUCCAAUGCAAGCCAUCGCAAACAAACCCAAGGAGGCAUUGAUAUCUACCACCUGCUGAAGACCAGAAAAUCUAAAGAACAAGAAGGAUUCAUUAACUUGGAAAUGCUGCCACCAGAGCUUAGUUUUACCAUUUUGUCAUACCUGAAUGCAACUGAUCUCUGUCUAGCUUCGUGUGUCUGGCAGGAUCUUGCAAAUGAUGAGCUUCUCUGGCAAGGGUUGUGCAAAUCCACUUGGGGUCACUGUUCUAUAUACAAUAAGAAUCCACCUCUAGGAUUUUCUUUUAGAAAAUUGUAUAUGCAGCUAGAUGAGGGCAGUCUCACCUUUAAUGCCAACCCUGAUGAGGGAGUCAACUACUUUAUGUCCAAGGGCAUACUCGAUGAUUCACCGAAAGAAAUAGCUAAGUUUAUCUUUUGUACAAGAACACUAAAUUGGAAGAAGCUGAGAAUCUACCUUGAUGAAAGGCGAGAUGUUUUGGAUGACCUUGUGACGCUGCACAACUUCAGAAAUCAGUUCUUGCCAAAUGCACUGAGAGAGUUCUUCAGACACAUUCAUGCUCCUGAGGAGCGUGGAGAGUACCUUGAGACUCUCAUAACAAAGUUCUCUCACAGAUUCUGUGCUUGUAACCCAGAUUUGAUGAGAGAGCUUGGCCUUAGCCCUGAUGCAGUUUAUGUACUGUGUUACUCAUUGAUUCUGCUUUCCAUCGAUCUAACAAGCCCUCACGUGAAGAACAAAAUGUCAAAGAGGGAAUUCAUCCGAAAUACACGACGAGCUGCACAGAAUAUUAGUGAAGAUUUUGUAGGGCACCUUUAUGACAACAUCUACCUUAUUGGCCAUGUGGCUGCCUAAAAGCACAAUUUGCUAGCACUUAAAGUUUGUAAUUUUCAAAGCCUACAUCAACUCAAGAAAUUAAUUAUUUUGUAGAGAUGGGGGUUAUUUUAGUGCUGGUCAUUCUAACCUCUGUAUGCAAUUAAAGUUUGUGUGUGUAAGUGUGUGUGUAUAUGUAAAACUACCUUUUCUAUCUAUUUACUGUGGGAACAGAAGGAUUUGAAGAUUUGUUUUUCAUAAUUUUUUUAGUUUUGCACAAAACAAUGCCAUUAGUCUGACACAGCCAUUUACAAAUACUAAACUGACAAAAUGGUGAAUCUGUGCAUUAGAUCUGCUUGAAAUUUUAGUAAGUUCAUUCUUUUUAGAAUACCAUGUAAUGUGUAUAUAUUUAACUAAAGAGAUUUAUAAUCAUAAUUAUUUUAUUGUAAAAUAUUUUAACUAAAAUUUCUCCUUUUAUCUCCUAAAACAGUGUUGUACUUCUUUCUUUUGCAUUUUUUUACAGUGCUGACUACCUCAGAUACGUAACUUAGGGAAACAGUGGUCUGAAUGCUACAAUAAAGUUUACUCUAGGAGAAGACAGAAUGCUUGUAAAACAUCUUCACUGAUAUUUAAUACUGUGUUGUCCAACUUGAAUUAGCAUAUUGCCAAUCUGCUAUUCACUGAAGUUUAAAGAUUAGAACCUCUAUUUUAGAUGAACCCUGAUGUCAUGAAGGGAUAGCCAAGGGAAAUCACGCAGUGUACAUAGAAAGAACUAACCUAUAUUGCACCUACCAGUUAUUUGGGACAUAGAACAAUUGCCAUCAUGUAUUCAUUGUGGAAAGCAAAGAAACAUCUCCAGAGGGAAAGUGGUAGGGGUGGCUAACGUGUUGCUGCUUUCAACUGCUUCCCUCAAUCUAGAAGUGUCAAUGAUGGAAAUGCCCAGGCAAAUAUAUACCAGAUGACUCAUUGCUAAAGCUAUUAAAAACUGACUGUGCAAGAUUAGAGCAGUGACUGUGCAGGACUGGAGAGCCAUUUCAGAUAUACUGAAUUACUCUUUCCAGAUCUGUCAUAUAACUAGGUUUUAAAUAGUUUUGCAUUCAUGAAAAUACCUCCAAAAUGGUCCCAAUUAGGCUAUGUCUUGCAUAUGAAGUGUGUAGAAUAUUAGUGCAACCACCCUGUGUGUGCAGGAAUCGAAUGAGGAUUUGCCUGUUGGUCUGUUGUUUGUUUUUUUUUCUGAUGAUGACAGAGCAGUGUUUUUCUUAAACUGACAUAACAUGCAGUUGAAAUCAGAGUUGUUCCUGCUUAUAUUUGUUUACAUAAUGCUCAGCUACCACCAGCAGCUGGAUUUAUCAUAAUAACAAGUAGAUGUAUCCUUUUUCCCUACAACACCAUGAGAUGAGGUAGAAAGAUAUUCUUGGUUCUGUUUUACAGAUUAAUUUUUUUACGUAGAAAGCCUGCGGCAGGCCUUGGAAUUGAAUACAGGUCAUAGUCCGAGCCACGCACUUUGCCCAUGCUUCUGCUUUCCAUUUAGCACCUAGGAUGUGUAACCUUUGUGUUAGAUAUGAGAAUAGUGAUGGCAAUGCCAGUCCAUGUAAGGGCUACAUAAAUGAUGGGGGGG